GGGAAAGCACCGGACGGUUGUCACCUGCCGGGGUGGGCUUCGACAUGCAGAGCACAGACCUGGGCACCAAGGACAGCGGGAAGAUCUGGCACCGCAAGCCAUCCCCGGCCACUCGGGACGGAAUUAUAGUGAACAUCAUUCACACCACUUCGGAUUACCUUCCCAAAGUUUUGCGAUUUUUGAAUGUGGCUUUUGAUAGCUCAGGUGAUUGCUUAAUUGCUGGGGAUCAUCAAGGAAAUAUCUAUGUUUUUGACUUGUCUGGAAACAGGUUUAAUCUUGUUCAUCGAACAGCACAAGCUUGCACAGCUCUGGCCUUUAAUCUUCAUAGGAAGUCUGAGUUCCUUGUGGCGUUAGCUGAUUAUUCUAUUAAAUGUUUUGAUACAGUCACCAAGGAGCUGGUAAGCUGGAUGAGAGGGCAUGAAUCAUCCGUGUUUUCGAUCUCUGUGCACGCGUCAGGGAGAUACGCCAUCACUACUUCUUCUGAUACGGCGCAACUCUGGGACCUGGAUACCUUCCAGAGAAAAAGAAAGCUGAAUAUUCUCCAGUCUGUGGGUAUACAGAAGGUUUUCUUUCUACCAUUAAGUAAUACCAUCCUCAGCUGUUUUAAAGAUAAUUCCAUCUUCGCCUGGGAAUGUGACACUCUUUUAUGCAAAUAUCAACUGCCAGCUCCACCCGAAAGCUCUAGUGUGUUAUACAGAGUGUUCGCUGUGACCAGAGAUGGUCGAAUCCUGGCCGCUGGAGGCAAAUCAAACCAUCUUCAUCUGUGGUGCUUAGAAGCCAAACAGCUAUUUAGAAUUAUCCAGAUGCCUACUAAAGUUCGAGCCAUUCGCCAGCUAGAGUUUCUUCCUGAUAGUUUUGAUGCUGGUUCUAAUCAGGUUCUUGGAGUGCUAAGUCAAGAUGGUAUUAUGAGAUUCAUCAACAUACAGACUUGUAAACUUCUCUUUGAAAUUGGAAGCCUUGAGGAAGGAAUUAGUUCAUCAGUGAUUAGCCCACAUGGACGGUACAUUGCAUCUGUUAUGGAAAAUGGAAGUCUGAACAUAUAUUCAGUUCAGGCUUUAACACAAGAAAUAAAUAAGCCACCUCCUCCUCUAGUGAAAGUGAUCGAAGAUGUGCCCAAGAGCAAAGUGACUGCUGGUGAUCUCAAGAUGAAAGUGACAUCAGGCAGAGUACAGCGGCCCGCAAGACCAACGGAGAGCAAAAUACAAACUAGAAUAUUAAAACAAGACCUGACUGGCAAUUUCGAAAAUAAAGAGAAUGAAUUGUCAGAUGGAUUAAAUAAAAAGCGCUUACAAAUCUUAUUAAAAGGCUAUGGUGAAUAUCCAACAAAAUACAGAAUGUUCAUCUGGCGCGCUCUGCUACAGCUGCCUGAAAACCAUACUGCAUUUAGCAGCCUGGUAGAUAAAGGUGUUCACGUGGCAUUUCUCAACCUUCAGCGGAAAUACCCCAUCAAAAGUAGGAAACUACUCAGAGUAUUACAGAGAACCCUGUCUGCACUGGCUCACUGGUCUGCCAUCUUCGGUGACACACCGUACCUUCCACUCCUGGCAUUUCCAUUUGUAAAAUUAUUCCAGAACAACCAGCUCAUCUGUUUUGAAGUUGUUGCUACUCUCAUAAUCAAUUGGUGUCAACACUGGUUUGAGUAUUUCCCGAACCCUCCCAUCAACAUUCUUGGUAUGGUAGAGAACGUCCUGGCAUUUCACGACAAGGCGCUGCUGCAGCACUUCAUGGACCGUGGCAUAACCUCCCAGCUGUACGCGUGGCCCCUCCUGGAAACCUUGUUCUCCGAAGUGCUGACGAGAGAGGAGUGGCUGAAGUUGUUUGAUAAUGUCUUUUCCAACCACCCUUCAUUCCUGCUGAUGACCGUGGUCGCCUACAACGUGUGCUCCAGAGCGCCUUUGCUCCACUGUGACCGGAAAGAUGAUUUUGAGUAUUUUUUUCAUCAUCGGAAUAACCUGGACAUAAGUGUUGUAAUUAGAGAAGUUUAUCAUCUCAUGGAUACCACACCUGCUGACAUCCACCCAGAGAAGAUGCUUGAUGCCUUUGUGGCGCUGACGAAAGGGCAGUAUCCGGUAUUUAAUCAGUAUCCCAAGUUCAUUGUGGACUAUCAGACACAGGAACGAGAACGAAUAAGGAACGAUGAAUUGGAUUACUUAAGAGAGAGGCAGACAGUUGAGAAUAUGCAAGCUGAAGUAGACCAACAAAGAGUUGAAGAUGAAGCUUGGUACCAGAAACAAGAACUGCUUCGUAAAGCUGAAGAAACAAGGAGAGAGAUGCUCUUACAAGAGGAGGAGAAGAUGAUACAACAAAGACAGAGACUCGCUGCCGUGAAGAGGGAGCUGAGAGUGCGGGAGAUGCACUUACAGGAUGCUGCAAGGAGGCGAUUUCUGAAGCUUCAGCAGGAUCAGCGGGAAAUGGAACUAAGAAGACUGGAUGACGAAAUCGAGAGAAAGAUACAUAUGAGAGAUCGAGAAAUUGCUACCACAGCCAAAGACCUAGAAAUGAGACAUCUGGAACUUGAAUCACAAAAAAGACUUUAUGAGAAGAAUCUUACUAGAAAUCAAGAAACUGUUGCAAAAGAAAUAAGAGACGAUAUCGAUGCCUAUAGACGAAAAGUGGAUCUUGAAGAACGCUCAUUUCUUAGACUGAUGGAAACAGAUCAAACACAGAACCGAAACACUCAGAAGUUAAUUGAAGAAAACCUGGCAAAAGCUGAACAAGCAUGUCUAAAUACUGACUGGCGAAUUCAAGCUUUACAUAAACAAAGACGUGAUGAUCUACAACGAAAUGGAUGUUACCGGGAAAUGGCCAAACUCCUUCAGGAAAACAGAAGGAAAGAAGUGGAAGUAUUAAAUGCAAUGAUGGGAAAGGAAACUGAAAAAUGGCAGGAAGCUGAAGAAAAAGACUUUCAGUUGAAAUCAGAAAAGAAAGCCUCUGCCCUUUCGGAUGCAUCUAGAAAGUGGUUUCUGGAGAAGGAGACACAGGAUGCUUUAGGGCAGGCGGAGCAGCCGCGUGGCAAAGGUUCUUUAAACCAGAGAGGAAAGCGGGGGGACAGCACGGAACUGGAUCUCCUGGAGAGAGUGAGGAGUCUCCGCCAGAGACUCGCCGCGCAGGCCCGGAGCAGGUGUCAGGCGCCCCGUCUUUUGGCCACAUAGGAGGCUGGUCACCUU